AUAAAAUGUUGUGGCGCAGUGAGAGGUCCUUCAGUAUUGCCAAUCGGUGCGCAAAGUGAACCGAAGAUGUCGUACAAUCUGUCAGUCACACCGCAGUGUAAUGCGCCCUUUAUUGGCCCGAGUCUAGCUCAGAGUUGUACGGGCUCGCAAUUUCUCGUUUUUAUGACUUUGCUCGAUACGUUUAUCAGGACAAAUCCUGAUGUUUCACAAUUGUGUGAAAGAGUUACGCCUGUUAAUCCACCGGCCUAUUAUUAUGACUUCAUUGUUGUUGGAGGAGGAUCCGCUGGUGCAGUGGUAGCUGCAAGAUUGAGUGACGUUCCUAACUGGAAAGUUUUACUACUAGAGGCUGGACCGGAUGAGCCACCUGGCGCUGAUGUGCCAAGUAUGGUGGCAAUGUAUCUCGGCUCCGAAAUUGAUUGGCAGUAUAGAACGAUUAAUGAGACGAACGCUUGUCUAUCGUCGAACGGAUCAUGCAGUUGGCCGAGAGGUAAAAAUCUCGGUGGAACAUCUGUUCAUAACGGAAUGAUGUACAUCAGGGGGAAUCCCAAGGAUUACGACGAGUGGGAGGCGAUGGGCAACGUGGGCUGGAGCUGGGAACAGGUAUUGCCUCAUUUUUUGAACAUGGAGAACAAUGCAGAUGUUAAAAAGUUGAACAGAAGAUCUCACAGUAUCGGUGGGCCUUUGAAUGUCGAAAGGUUUCCUUGGCGUCCUCCAAUAUCAAUGGAUAUCAUGCUAGCUGCGAAGGAGCAAGGUUAUGGCAUUAGUAAUGAUCUCAAUGGAGACCAGUUAACUGGAUUCACCAUAGCCCAAACAAAUAGUCGAAAUGGUGUGAGAGUUAGCAGCGCAAGAGCUUUUCUGACUCCCGUGAGAGAACGACAUAACCUCCAUAUUGCUCUUAAUGCAACAGUCAGGAGAAUCAUUUUCGAGAAACUGCGUGCAGUGGGAGUUGAGUACAUGCAAGAUGGAGAAAUCCGAACAGCUCGAACCUCACGGGAGAUCAUUGUCUCCGGUGGUGCAGUUAAUUCACCCCAACUACUGUUACAAUCUGGAAUCGGUCCCACCGAGCAUCUCAAUGCUGUCAAUGUGCCGGUGGUCAAGGAUCUCCCGGGCGUUGGUGAAAAUCUCCAGAAUCAUGUGUCUUAUACACUCACUUAUACAAUAAAUGAGUCAAAUGAGUUUGAUCUCAACUGGGCAUCAGCUUUGGAGUACGUGGCUUAUCAGAGCGGACCGAUGGCAUCUACCGGCUUGUCACAAGUAACUGGGAAACUGGCCUCCACCUAUACUACAUCGGAUCAUCCUGAUUUGCAGUUUUAUUUUGGAGGGUAUCAGGCGGCUUGUGCUGUUACUGGACAAGUUGGGGCAUUGAUGGACAAUUCGAGGAGAAGCAUCAGCGUUUCACCGACUAAUUUGCAUCCUAAGAGCAGAGGAACGAUACGAUUAGCAAGCAAUGACCCACAAGCGAAGCCAUUGAUACACGGCAAUUACUUUAGUGAUCCCCAGGAUGCAGCUAUUUUAUUAGAAGGCAUUCGGUAUGCUACAUCUCUAAUGAAUUCCACUGCUCUGUCAAAAUACAAUAUCUCUCUGACGUAUCCGGCAAUACCGGCUUGUCAACGAUUCCAAUUUCCAAGCAUGGAGUAUUGGAAUUGUGCAAUCAGGCAGGAAACUGGACCGGAGAAUCACCAAGCCGGUUCAUGCAAAAUGGGACCGGCUAAUGAUCCAAUGGCUGUUGUCGAUUCAAAACUCAGGGUGAAAGGAAUCCUCGGAUUGAGAGUUGCUGAUACUUCGAUUAUGCCGAAAGUUACAUCGGGGAAUACAGCAGCUCCUGCGAUGAUGAUUGGUAACAGAGCUGCAGCCUUUAUCAAAGAAUAUUGGUUGCAGCGCUCUCUCAACUGGUACAAACCCUACUUCUUCAAAAACAAGUGGUGAAACUCUAAUCAAAAUUAUCAUUUAUAAAUCAAUCUCAGCCAUUGAAAAUACUGAAGUUAUCAGUUUAAUCGAGUUACCUCAGCAAGCAGUAUAUGCCGAUAUACCAAAGAUCGUAAUCUUCGGAUUACCACAGCGAACGUGCGUUUCGGUAUAUUUAUUCCUAGUUAAAUAAUCAAGAUAGAAACUCCAGUAUAAAUGAUAAUUAUGUAAAAUCAAAUUUCAAUUCAAUAUUAUAACUACGUGUGUAUGUAUCGUAAAUAAUCUCAUGAUUAUCAUGUUAUGAAUGAUUGAUUUGACUUGUACUAUUUUUCUGAAAACAUUUCCUGUUUUGAAAACAAUGUUCUGUAUACAAUUUUGUAUGGAAAUAAACUGCUACCUCAGUAUUGAUUUCUCAA